CUUAAGAUUGUUCUCGAAUGCGAGAAAAAGCUCUACGUCCUUACCUCUGAGCCUCCCAAAGCUCCUGAAGCGAACGCCCGUGCUGCAGAAAUUACUUCGUACAAGAAGUAUGAAGAUGACGCACGUGAUGUGAGAUGUCUCAUGCUAGCCACCAUGACUCCGGAGCUCCAAAGGCUCCAUAAGGACAUGGAAGCUCAUCUUAUGAUGAGUCCCUUGAAAGGUCUAUACCAAGGCCAGGCUAGACAUGAGCGUUUCAAAAUCUCUACGACUCUGUUUUCCAGUAAGCUGGCAACGGGUAACCCAGUUGGUCCCCACGUUCUCAAGAUGAUCGGUCAGAUCGAAACUCUUGAAAAACUGGACGCCCCGUUGCACCCUAUGCUGGCAACUGAUCUCAUCUUGGGAUCAUUACCAGGUGAGUAUAGUCAAACUGUAGUGAACUUCUACAUGAACAAACUAGAGAUGACUAUGCCUGAGCUACUGAAAUUCCUCACAACUACUGAGGAGAGUCUAGGAAAGGGCAAGGGUAAGUCUGUCCUGAUGGUAGAGGGCAGUACUAUUGCGAAGAAGAAUGGGCCACAUUCGCCGGCCGGGACCAAGCGCAAGGGUUCUAAGAAACCCAAGCCAGCGUCCAACUCCUCUUCGUUGAAACCCAAAGAAGGAGCUAAGAAGAAGUCUGCU